AUGGACCUCAGUCGCACCAAGUCCAAUGGACUGGGCAACCUCACAAUCGGCGAUUCCGACACCAAGCAUGUCACCUCCGGUAAUGUCGGCGCCGAUGGUCGCGUCAACGUCCAGUUCCACGAAAGCCCAGAAUCGCUGGCAGCAUGGUGCAGGCGGGCUCAAGGAUCGCUUGCGGUGCCCUUGGAGCGUCCCAAGCCGAGGAGAUUCAGCAGCGUCGUUGUCCCAGAACCGCCAAAGCCAACGUUGAGCCCGCGAUUGAACAUCGCCAUCCAUAUCGUCGGGUCACGAGGCGAUGUGCAGCCCUUCAUCCCCAUCGCGCAGCUGCUCUCCAGCCCGCCGUACGGCCAUCGGGUGCGCAUCUGCACGCACCCCGUCUUCAAGGACUUUGUCGAGUCCCAGGGCCUCGAGUUCUUCAGCAUCGGCGGCGAUCCCGAGGCGCUGAUGGCCUACAUGGUCAAGAACCCCGGGUUGCUGCCCAACCGCGAAAGCGUCAAGGCCGGCGACGUUGGGAAACGACGCAAAGAGAUGUGGGACAUCAUCUACGGCUGCUGGCGGAGUUGCCUCGAGGCUGGAAACGGCAUGGGAGAACGAGUGACAGCCGCUAAAGUAGAGGCGACAGAGGAUCUCUUCAUAGCCGACGCUAUCCUCGCCAAUCCGCCGUCGAUGGCGCACAUCCAUUGCGCCGAGAAGUUGGGCAUCCCGCUUCACAUGGUCUUCACCAUGCCCUGGUCGCCGACCGAGAAGUUCUCGCAUCCCUUGGCUGCCAUGACCUACGGCGACGCAGAUGCCGCCGUCGCCAACUAUUUGUCCUUCAUGAUGAUGGAGCUGCUGACAUGGCAAGGGCUGGGUGACAUAAUUAACAAAUUUCGCACCCAAAUCUUACAUCUCGAUCCCAUCAGCCCUUUGUGGGGAUAUCAGCUGCUACCCCGACUUCGUGUCCCGUACAGCUAUCUCUGGUCUCAGUCCUUGAUACCGAAACCGGCUGACUGGGGGUCUCAUAUCAACAUCACCGGCUUUUCUUUUCUGUCUCUGGCCAAUUCUUAUACUCCACCUCCGGAUUUGGUCGAGUUCUUGGAAAGUGGACCUCCUCCGAUAUACAUCGGAUUCGGAUCCAUCGUCGUCGACGACCCAAUUGCGCUAACUCAACUCAUUCUCGAUGCCGUUGAAAUGUCUGGCGUACGUGCCAUCAUCUCCAAGGGCUGGGGUGGCGUUGGCGGCAGCGAUGAUUAUGAUAUCUCUGAUGACGUGUACUUCAUUGGCAAUUGCCCGCACGACUGGCUCUUCCAACGCGUCUCCGCUGUUGUCCAUCAUGGCGGCGCCGGUACAACAGCCGCCGGCAUUGCAGCUGGCCGGCCCACGGUUGUCGUUCCUUUCUUCGGCGACCAGCCCUUCUGGGGCCAGAUGAUCGCACGGGCGGGCGGCGGUCCGACCCCGGUCCCCUUCAAGGAAAUGACGGCAGAGUCACUGGCCGACAGCAUCGCCUUUGCUCUGAAGCCAGAGAUUCAGGGCAAGGUGCAGGAGAUGGCGGAUCGCAUUGCCGACGAGGACGGGGCAGGUGAGACAGCCGGUGAUUUCCAGGAGCAAUUGGGCUUGGAUGUAUUCCGGUGCGACAUGUGUCCUGAGAGGCUCGCUAUCUGGCGCCACAGGGCAACUGGGGCGCAUCUCAGCGGUUUUGCCCUAGCGUGUCUCGUCGCAAAGGGCUUCCUUGAACCGGGAGACGUCAAACCCCUACGACACAAGCACUGGUAUGUCGACGAAGGGGCCGAGCACCCCAUCAUUGGUGUGGUGGCUGCGGCUUCAAAUUUCGUGACGACACUAGGUACGGCGGGUAUCACUUACUCGUCCCGCUUGAGGAACAGACCUCGGUCAAAAAAGCCCAAGCCGUCAAAAGAAACAACAUCUGCACCGCUCUCGUCAGAGAGGGACGAGGACCAGACCACUAUAACUGCGAGCACAGAUGUUGACCAGGAAACCAUUACCGGUUCGACGAAACCAGUCCAAGCCCUGGUUCGCAACCCCACGGAUCCCCCUGACCCAAGUCUCCUUACACCGACGGACAUGGAAACCUUGGCCCACAAAAUGGCCCACAAGUCGUUCCGCCCCGGUGACAGUCCUGCUGAGAGACUUAAAAGAGCACCCACAAGGCAUGAGAAGCGAAAGGCCAGCUGGAAAGCCCAGGAGGAGGGUCGACACGGUCAGGCCUUUUACAUCGCACGCGCCACGGGGCGAUUCACAGCCGAUGUGGCCAAGGCGGGUCUGAAGGCCCCCGUUGCGAUGUUCUACAACGUCGCCAACGGCUUCCACAAUUACCCCUCUUACACUUUGAACGCGAGUGAGGUGCGAAGACGUGAUGAGAUCACCGGCCUCGGGAGCGGCCUGCGGGCAUCAGGAAAGGAGCUCGUCUUUGGGCUCUGGGAUGCGUUCAGUGGAAUCGUUACCAAACCUUACAAGGGCGCCAAGGCCGAAGGUGCGAAAGGCUUUGGCAAAGGCGUAUGGAACGGUGGUGUCGGGCUAUUUUACAACGUCGGCGCUGCAAUGUUCGGAAUGCCGGGCUACACGCUCAAGGGAAUCGAGAAGGAAAUUUCGCGGCGCCACCUUACGAAGCUGAAGGCUGAGAUCUUGUUGAUCCGGCUGAGACAGGGCAUUGCUGACUUCAGAAACGGAACCCCAGAGGAAAAGGAACUUGUAGCUGAGAGGUGGCAGUCGAUGCGGCCUGCAUGA